AUGGCACAGUCGAUCUCAGCUGAGAUGGUUUAUUGGUGGGACCCUGAAAUCUGGUCUCUUGACCUGUGCUGUGCGAUGUGUGCAUGCUUGUAUUUCCGUCCGGACUGUUUUGCGCGCGGCGCACCGAACAAACAAGGGAAUGGAAAAAAUUUUCCUUCCAAAAUUGGACGUGACAGCGGACCCCCCUUACUCCGUACCCUGGCAGUGGUUACAGCCGGAUGGCGCCAGGCAUUCGGAUGCCAGGCGGUACUAAUAAAGGCCAUGGCCCUAGAGAGCCUAGCUGCAGCCGGCCAGAGCCGCCAGCCGAAGCUGCAAAAUGACGCAGGUACAGUUUAUUGCGGUGCUGAUGAGACGGAAAGUUUGCUUCCAGUCUCGUUCAGCGCCGGGAACUUCGUGAUGUUUUACCGUGGAUGA